AUGGCAGAGGCUAUAAGUAUUUACUCAGGCUUCACAGCCCUUUCAACCUAUGCCUCGUACGUAUUCCGGCGAGGACGGCAUCGAUCCCGACGAUCGGACGACGGUACCGGCAUCAUCGAGCUAUUCACACCAGAUAACCCGGAUGUUGACAUCUGCUUCGUCCAUGGCCUCGGUGGGGAUCGUAUACAAACCUGGAAAUGGGCUGAUCAGGAUUCCGAAGAGAGUAAUAUCUGGCCGAAAGACUUUUUACCUCAAGAUGCUCAAGAAGGCCGUAUAAAUGUCCGCAUACUUUCAUACGGAUAUAAAUCCUUUGCGCCGACACCAGAAUACUUAACUCAGAGGACCUUGUAUCGUCAUUCUCAGCAGCUACUUUCCAGUCUAGCAGUGGUUCGUAAAGGUCACAUCGACCGGCCGCUGAUAUUCGUGGGCCAUAGCCUCGGGGGCGUUGUCAUCAAAAGUGCUCUCAUAUUUUCAAGCCAGGCUAAACAAUCCGAGUUGUCAGCUCUUUCGGUUUCCGCGACUGGGAUUAUCUUCCUAGGUACCCCCCACACGGAGACCAUAUCAUGCCUAGAUCGAUCCAUGUGGCCAAGCAUGUUGGCAGCUAUCAUCCAACUAAAUAAAAUGGAAAAUACCAGUCUGAUAAGACACUUGGACGCGCAGAGUUUCACCUUGCAAGCCCGGCUGGAACCAUUCAAGGCCUUGAGCGAUAAUAUCUCAAUAGUGUCUUACUAUGAAGGACUUCCAUCCUCUCUAGGUGAUGUAAUCGUACCCAUAAGGCAUCCAUAUGGGGAUAAAGUAGAUGUUAUUAGUGCGGACCAUCGGAAUAUGUGCAAAUUCCCUAACAGCAGCCAUCCGGAUUAUCGGAAGGUCUCCAGCGAGAUUUUUCGCUUGUGUCGAGAGGCGACUAUUAAAGCACAGAGCAAUUGGGAUCGGUAUGGGAAAAGAAAAGAUCAAGAAGAAGCUUCUAAGAAGUUAAUGGGAGACGUACGAAGUACGCCUGAGACUUCUAGAUCGAAUGACUUUUGUACUGGUGUUUUACUUCCACCUAGGAACCUGAAAUUCGUCGGUAGAGUGAAGGAACUCGGAUUUCUUCACGAUGCACUCGUUCAGAAAUGCCCACAGGUGUGUACUAGCCCUUGCGCCACCGUCAAUCUCCAUGGAGGUGAAGGGAUAGGGAAGACAGCGGUCGCUCUAGAAUUUGCCUAUGCAAAUCAAGACUUUUUUACUUCUAUUUUUUGGAUUCCUGCUACGAGUCAGCGAUCUAUUGAGCGGAGCAUUGUGAAUAUUGAAAGUAUUCUUCACCGACAAUCCCACGAGUCUAAUCCCACGAUGGCGUCUUCAACAUUAACCGACUCGCCGUCGGAUGCGGAUUUCGAUGAGGGCAAACAACGUUCAAGCAUCAGCUCAGUAAUGGAGUGGUUCCAGAGCCCCGAGAAUUCCAGAUGGCUUGUGAUACUGGAUGACCUAAACAUCGAGGGUGACCCCGACAUCGCCAGAUACAUUCCUAAUACGACAUGUGUUCAUGGUCAUUGCAUUAUCACUUCGCGGACACCUAUAGAAUGGGAUAUAGUCACAAACCGUAGAGUGAAUCCACUCAGCCCUGACGAGUCUCUAUCACUUCUAAAGUCAUCAACGGGCCUUUCAAAGGCUGAUGAGCGUGAACUGGCCGAUUUAUCGAAGUCCUUAGGAUAUAUACCCCUAGCACUUAAAAAUGCUGCUUCUUUCAUAUCUUCAACGAAAUCAACCUUGAAAGAAUAUAUGCGACGCCGUCAAUCCUCGAUAAGCAUUAGGCAGGGGGAAGCAAAGACUCUUGCUUCGUUGAAAAACUUAUCCCCCCUUUCAACCAGUAUAUUUCAAGUAUGUUGCGUUCUCUCGCUGCAAUCUGUCUGCGUUUCGGUUUUCUUAUCAAAUUCAUUCCGGAAGAACUGUCCGGGUGACUCAAUGAUCGCCAUUAGAGAGCUUGCACAAAAUUCACUAGCGGCUCUUACUGAGGACGAGAGGUACUUGAUAACACAAAACACAGUUCGUGAUUUUGGCCGAAGUACACUCUCGGACGAACAACUUCGAUUCGCCAGCCAAGUUGCUUGCGAGUCCUCAUUAUCCGUGGCAAAUUCAUUGCGAGAAGUUAGAGAUGGAAACGAGGCUUUCAGAACCUCAUUCGCUGAGUGCGAUAUCGCAACCGUCAUGUCUCAAUGUUACCCUCUAAUCACUACUUAUCUUCCAUCGUCAUACGAAUGGGAUAUUGAUCUCGAUUUGAUGGGUCAAACAUGCGAGAAGAAUGGCCGAAAUAGCGACGCGAGCGACUACUACAAUCUUCAGGUCAGCCAAAACAAAGGGACAAUUUCGGCGCUCCGAAAAACGAAGAUGCGGCUAGCAUUGACCCGUCGUAUAUCUGGGGACGAUGUGCGCGCAAAAGAAUUGUGCGAAGAACUUAUACAGCCACAGGGUAUUGCAACUCCGAAUUCAGAAGCGCCAACAUUGGAAGAGCAACCACAAGGCGACGAUGUAGGUGUCGAAGCCUUGAGAUUUCUUAAGAAAGAAGCCCACAAGAAGUCCGACUCUGAAGGAGAACUAGCUUUAUCUAGGCAGAUCGCUGCUGCACAGGAGCACCGCUUCGGGUACAAGGAUCAAAAUACACUCGAAGCCGUGAAGGAACUCUCUCUCGACCUAAUCGAAGUCGGGUUCUACGAUGAGGCGGAGGCCCAUAUAAGGCGUGUUUUGUUAUCCUACGAGAAUAUGCCUGAAACGAAUUACGUGAAAAAGGCGGUGGCACUCGAGAUUCUAGCAACUGUUCUGUUGAAGCAGGGGAAGUACGAUGAUGCAGAUAAGUUCUUCACUCAUGCUCUAUGCAAUCACAUGGAACGCCCAGGUCGCGAGCAUCCUACCACACAGAAGUGCUGGGCACGGCUGGGCCAGGUCUACGAUAUGCAGGGUCGCCACGACAUUGCCAGCCAAGUCUAUGAUAAGUGCCUUGAGGUUCUUGAAGCGACCCUCGGUACUAGCCAUGCCGACGUGUUACGAGUAAAAAGCUACAGGGCCACCAACCUAUCGAACCGAAAUAAGCACGACGAAGCCGAAAAGGAGUUUAGAGAUGUUCUCCGUCUUAUGGGGUCUAAUAGCAACAACUAUCACGAGAAUGAUCGGCGUAGAAUCGCUCUACAACUCGUGGAUAUUCUCAAUAAAGAUCCGCAUGCUGAUGACGACGCAUGGCUCGCGGAUAAGGUGCACAGGCUAGAGAUCGAGUACAGCCUUGACUUGCACCACCGAUUAGGCUGGUUAUAUUGA